AUGGAAUUUCUCACAGUCGAAUUUUUUGGUAGACAACAAAAGUUUAUCAUCAAUUGUCGCGCCGAAGGUAUGACAUAUAGUCAAACUAAGCUUGCAUGGGAGGAAGAAUACCCAGAUCUCGGAACUUUAACAUCCAAUCUCAUUGCUACUGCACUUAAAAGAGCUGCAUUAGGUCUAUACUGGGAAAAAGGGAAUCAUGGCGGUGCAGAUCCAUACCUAUGCGAGCGUGAUCAGCUCACUUUAAAAGAAAUUAUCGAAGAUUCUGCUUACAAAGGUGAAGCUCUAGAAGCAGUUGACAUUAUUGACGAGGCGUUCAAGUUGAAAGAGCUCAGAAGAGAUUAUGGUUACAGAUUCCUUCUUGAGAUUAAUUGUCCUACUCUUGCAGAAGAAGUUAUCAAUACUCUUGGUGGUGAUGAUGUAUCGAGACCUUAUGUUAACCAUAUUUUACAGCAAUUGCAUUGCAAGCUUAAGGCAUGCCAAGAGAUUGAAGAAUCAAGAUACAUGGCGUGUGAACCAAGAAUUAUCGAAGAAUUCUACGAUAAACAUCGUGAAACAAUCGAAAGUACUCCAGAGGAGUUGAUUUUUAGUAUCGAUGAAACAUUCAUAAACAAAUUUAAGAAGAAGAAAGUUGCAUUACCUGAGGAGAUAGAGCAUAUGAUCGCCAAAGGAAUUCCAAACUUUCCGCACAUUACAGCUUUAUGUGGAUGCUCAAUGACAGGCAAAUCUGUCCCACCUCUCUUUGUUCUCCCAUGUAUUGCAGAACUACCUAGAGAACUGAAAGUAUUCCAGCGCGAAAGACAUUGUUGGUUUACUUCUACGCCAAAAGGCUGGGUGAACAGAAGUGUAUUCUUAUUGUAUUGCAUUUUCUUCAUCGAGUGGCUUAACUUUGAACGCCAGAGAAUGCCAGAAGAUAUACGUGACAAGCCUGCUCUCAUUGUGUGUGAUGGACACUCCAGCCGCGAGAAUCCUCUGGCAUUGUUCCUUUUGGCAAGUGCCAACAUCAAAUUAAUUGUUCUUCCCGCACAUACAACACACAUUUUACAAGUAUUUGAUGUUGGCAUUGCCAAAAGAUUAAAGUCCAAAUUCACGGAUUAUCUGAGAGAUUACAUUAAGGCACCGAAGCAAGAGUUCAACAGCAAUGCUGCAAUGAUGCGCUACGCCAUUAUCUACUCAUUUAUUAGCGCAUGGCAAGAAUCAGUAUCAUUAAGAACGGUUCAAAAUGCUGCCGCCGCCUGCGGUCUUUGCCCUUGUUCUGUAGAAGCUCUCAAACAUAAUAAGUAUGUUCGUGAAUUGACUCCUGCAGAAAAAGAAUUGCAAGAGAAAAGAAAUUACCGUAAUCGAAAUCGUUUUAACAUCAAUGGUGAAGAAUUGACGACGAUGGACAUGAUUUGCGCAAUUUCUGACAAUAUUAAGAAGAAUCCUGCAAAUCACAGAUUUUGCAGGAAGCCAGAACAAGACACCAAGGAACGUUUCUACUUUUGGAUUACAAACUAUCUUGAUCCCAGCACUGAGUUGUUGACAAAACUCCCUAAUAUGCCAGGUUAUAUCCAAAUGAUUAAAAAAAAAAAAAAAAAAAAGGUAAUGGGGCUUCCAGGCACUUCGUGCCUUCUAGCCCUGAUGUUGAUGUUUAG